AUGACACCCUCGCAAGAGGCAGUAAGUACUAUUAAUAAUUUAAGUAUGUCUCCAAAAAUUUCUUCAACGGAACAACAGAAUGCGAAUGAAAUUCUAAUUUAUUGUCAGAAUUUCAAUCGCAUGAAAAGCCCAGGCAAAAUGAAGGAAAUUUCUUUAAACAUUCUCUCACAUUCUUUCGACAUUAUUCUUGGAACUGAAACUAACUGGGACGAAAGCGUCCACCCUGAAGAAAUUUUUGGAAACAAUUAUUUUGUAUUCCUAGGCAAUAGAAAUUUAAAUCUCAGUCAGAAAAAGUCAGGAGGCGGCGUCCUCUUAGCCAUAAAUGCCAGACUUAAUCCAAAAGAAAUUGUAACUGAAAAACAUUUUCAAUUUGAACAAGUCUGGGCCAAAGCCACUAUUGCAGGCCAAGUACACAUUUUUGCAUCAGUAUACUUUCCGCCGGACCAUGCAAAUAAACAGUCGUAUGAACUAUUCUUUAAAACAGUAGAAAUCAUAACAUCAAAAAUGGAACCGGAAGUAAAACUUCACAUUUAUGGCGACUUUAAUCAAAGCAAAGUCGAAUUUAUAUCUGACCAAGAAAAUGAAGCAAUUCUUCUCCCAGUCAUUGGGGAAAAUGAAACUUUGCAUUUUCUCUUUGACAAUAUUGCAAAUUAUGGACUUUUCCAAAUCAAUCAUGUAAAAAACCAAAGAAAUUCAUUUUUAGACCUUUUAUUCACUAACUGUAUUGAAGACUUUCAUGUACAAGAAUCUGUAACCCCCCUUUGGAAGAAUGAAGUCUUCCAUACAGCAAUUGAAUAUUCUAUUUAUGUCCAUAAAAACACUUUGCCCAUUGACUGGGAAUAUGAAGAAGUCCUGGAAUACAAUAAAACAAACUUUGUAGAAGCCAAACGUAAACUACUUGCAAUUGACUGGCAAAAUUUAUUUAAUAAUGAAGGAAAUGUCGACGAAUUAGUAGGAAAAUUCUAUACGGAAAUUAACACUAUAACAUCUGAAACCGUACCUACUAAAAGAAGACGACGUAAUAACACAGGCAAUAAAUACCCAGUGUGGUUCACUCCACAACUAAGAAAUUUAAAAAACAGAAAACAAAAAGCCUACAAACUAUACAGAAACAAUACAAAUGACACAAAUCUUCUGAAUUAUCUAAAUAUUUCCGACCAUUUUUUUUCAGCACUCAAUUCUGCCAACGAAGAAUAUAAUAGUAAAGUCGAAUCUGAAGUCAAAUCAUGCCCGAAAAAUUUCUUUAAUUACGUAAAAUCCAAAUCCAAAAGUAGUAACUUCCCAUCGCAAAUGCAACUGGACGAAAAUGUAGGCAGUAACUCAAAAGAAAUUUGCAAUCUUUUUUCAAAAUUUUUCAAAGAAGUAUACACCUCAUUUUCCGAAGAAGACCGCGACCGCGACUACUUUUCAUAUAUACCGGAAUUUCCAAAUGACGGAUAA